AAUAUAGGCUCAGUCCGACUUCAGACGCGGAGGGUUGUAUACGUACUUCUCGCAUAUUUACUUCUUCAUUUUUUGGGUUCAUUUUGAUUUGCAUGGAUUUAGUGUUGUGUCUAAAAACCGUAUCAAAAGUGCGAAAGGUGCUUGAUGGGGAUAUCCGAAAAUAAUCGUUGUAACUGCCAAGCAGACAAGGUCAAGGAAAACGAGCCGUUUCCAUCCCUUAAGGGAAAAAUGAAGGUCCUCAAGAAGAUAAAACGUCGCAUGGGCUUAGUUUCAAGAUCAAGCUCACAUGGCGGCGGUACCAAUAAUCUACCACCCUUAUUAUUCCACAACGUCCACGGUGACAAUAUCCGCAUCUCACGCGAUGGAACGGUUGCAAGGCGCGUUGAAAGUUUCUGCAAAGGGAUCGCCUUUAGUUCGCGUCCGGUUAAAGUGAAUGAGAAAGUGUGCAUAAAGUUCUUGGAGAUCUCCAAUAACUGGAGUGGAGUGAUACGCUUUGGAUUCACCUACAACGAUCCAAGUACUCUUAGAUAUGGUCUUCCGAAGUAUGCUUGCCCUGAUCUCACGAACAAGUCUGGCUAUUGGGCAAAAGCGCUUGCCGAGCGAUUUUGCAGCCAAAAUACUCUUCUGUUUUAUUACGUGACGUCGGCGGGCGAUGUUCAUUUUGGUAUUAACGGCGAGGAGAAGGGAAUCUUCUUUGGAGGUGUAGAAACUAGAGGCCCACUUUGGGCGCUUAUCGAUGUGUAUGGCAACUCGACCGCUGUAGAAUUUGUCGACAUUCGACAUCAAUUAAACAACAAUCGUCGUAAUCUUGUGCUCAACAGUUGUGACACAACACCUGAAGAAAUAGAUCGCAUUGUGUACCCCAUGCAGGGGUUGAAUAUACAACGCGACGAAGAAAUGAAUGUACCACCCCUAAGAUAUCAACCACCUUCACUAAACUUUGCACCUGUUUCUCUUCAUCGCACUAGAGGACGCAAUGUGAGAUUUAAUAGCAAUCGUAAUAUCGCUGCUAGAAUUGAUACGGAAUUCUGCCAAGGGUACGUUUUUACGCCGAGGCCAUUGCAGCUAGGAGAACGAAUUGUCAUACAAGUCAUAUCGACAGAACCGAUGUUUGAAGGCUACCUAGGUCUCGGAUUGACUUCAUGCGACCCGGCCAAUCUCCAAACAUCCGAUUUACCAGACGAUUCCAACUUUCUACUCGAUCGACCAGAAUACUGGGUGAUUAGCAAGGAUUUUGCUCGCCAUUUAAAUCGUGGUGAUGAAAUCAGCUUCUGCAUAGCACCAAAUGGUGAAGUACAAAUUAGUAAGAACGGUGGAAACUCUUCAGUAGUCAUACAUGUUGAUCAAACUUUGCGUUUGUGGGCGUUCUUUGAUAUUUACGGAUCGACACAACGUAUACGUGUCCUCAGCUGCCCACCCUCUCCUGUCCGUAACCCAGAGCGACGCAUAGUCCAAUCUGAUUCUGUCAAUGGCAUUGCAGUUUUGUCUGUUAUUUUGCCUUCGAAUCAUACAAACGUUGUGAGUCCUCAAGCAGUUUCUGGAAAUGCUCACCACUCAUCGCAGAAUUCCGUUCAUAGUCAAAAUAACAAUAACAACCACGCUAGUCAUUGCUUAGUUGCACCCGUACCACAAUCAUCCUCUCAACAACACGCACCUAUACCCACAGGAACCAUGUUAUCCGGCUACAGCAGCACUUACAUUGAGCCGAUCUCUGCAAAUAGUGUCUACUCCACAUUACAAGCUCGGGGAGAUCACGAACGUUUGGGGAUCGGUGGUGCCGGUACAGAGUGUACAAUUUGCUACGAACAUCCUAUAGAUUCAGUACUAUACAUGUGCGGUCACAUGUGCAUGUGUUAUGAAUGUGCUUUACAACAAUGGAGAGGGAAGGGUGGAGGACAUUGCCCAUUGUGUAGAGCAAUAAUAAGAGACGUUAUACGCACAUAUAAAUCAUGAGUUCGAUAGAAUAAUGCCUAAAUAUUUCUUUGCUGGGAUAUUAUUGUGCAUUUUCAUGAAUAUGUUUUGUUAAUGGGAUGAAUGUCGUAUUUUUGAAAUGUAUGUUUCCAAGUUGUGAAUUAUUUCACUCGUUAAUGUCUCUCAAUUUUGAUUUUAAAAAAAUGGAAAAACUAAAACCCACUAUAACUGAAGUUAUUAAGAAGUGCUUCCACUUUACAAUUACUGCCUACAAAGAGAUAGUUUAGAAUGCGUUACAAUAGUUAAAGACUGAUACGGUUUGUUUGUUGUAACUUCUGUAACGACUCGUAUGUUAAUUACUUGUAUAAGUUUAUCAUUGAUCGAAGUUUACAUUUACCAAAGAAACCACUAAAGUGUAUUUUAAGGGGAGCCACCCCACUAUGGUGAAUAAAGUUAGUCAACAGUACGGAAAUAGUCAACUGCGAUAGCAGUUUAAACAAUUAUUUAUUUAAUUUAUCAUAAAUUUGUCAUCACUUAAAUGACAAGAAUGGGCAUUCGAUGAGUAGGCUAGGCCAUGUUAACAUUCCUUAAAUCUGUUACAAUGCCAGUGUUUUUUUGUUUAAUUUUUAGGAUUGGUCAUUCAUAAUACUACUUGGCCCCCCAUUGUAAUUGCUCAUUUAUUUUGUGCUCAAUAUUCUUUUACACUUUUGAGUAGGAGCGUUACAAGGUGGGAGCUUGAAAGAAUUAUAGUUUCUAGUCAAUAAGAAUGUACUGAUACUAGAAUCGUAUUUAGUUUGCUACAAAUUCUUGAUGUAAAUAAAAUAAAGAUGUUAUAUAUUGUCUCA